UGAGGAAGACACAACAGGGCUGAGAGAGCGAGCGAGCGAGCGAGCGAGCGAGAGAGAGAGAGAGAGAGAGGCGGAGUAGGGAAGUUUCAAUUUGAAAAGACAAUUGGAUUGACUGCUCUCACACUGCGACCAUGGGGCUGGGAAAAGGGAAAGAAGAGUACAAGCUGGCGGCAACUUCAGAUGGCGGGGACAAGAAAGGCAAGAAGGGCAAAGGGGGGAAGGACAUGGACGAGCUGAAGAAAGAAGUGGACCUGGACGACCACAAGCUAACCUUGGAUGAACUUCACAGAAAAUAUGGCACUGACCUGAGCAGGGGUCUGUCUUCCUCCAGAGCAAAAGAGAUCCUGGCCAGAGACGGUCCAAACGCCCUCACUCCUCCUCCCACGACGCCCGAAUGGGUCAAGUUCUGCAAACAGAUGUUUAGUGGGUUCUCCAUGCUGCUGUGGAUCGGCGCCAUCCUCUGCUACCUGGCUUACGGCAUCCAGGCUGCCUCAGAAGACGACCCGGCCAAUGACAACCUGUACCUGGGUGUCGUGCUUUCUGCUGUGGUCAUCAUCACUGGCUGCUUCUCCUACUACCAAGAGGCCAAGAGCUCCAAGAUCAUGGACUCGUUCAAGAACCUGGUCCCACAGCAAGCCCUGGUGGUCCGUGACGGUGAGAAGAAGAACAUCAACGCUGAGGAGGUGGUGGCUGGUGAUCUAGUGGAGGUGAAAGGUGGAGACAGGAUCCCUGCUGAUCUGAGGAUCAUCUCUGCUCACGGCUGCAAGGUGGACAACUCCUCCCUGACCGGUGAAUCCGAGCCCCAGACUCGUUCUCCAGAUUUCUCCAAUGACAACCCACUGGAGACCAGGAACAUUGCUUUCUUCUCCACCAACUGCGUUGAAGGAACCGCCAGAGGAAUCGUCAUCAACACCGGAGAUCGUACCGUCAUGGGUCGUAUCGCUACGCUGGCGUCCAGCCUGGAGGGCGGCAAGACUCCAAUUGCAGUGGAGAUCGAACACUUCAUCCACAUCAUCACCGGCGUGGCUGUCUUCCUGGGCGUUUCCUUCUUCAUCCUGUCCCUGAUCCUCGGGUACGGUUGGCUGGAGGCCGUCAUCUUCCUCAUCGGUAUCAUCGUCGCCAACGUGCCAGAAGGUCUCCUGGCUACUGUCACUGUGUGUCUGACCCUGACUGCUAAGCGUAUGGCCAAGAAGAACUGCCUGGUGAAGAACCUGGAAGCUGUCGAGACUCUGGGCUCCACCUCCACCAUCUGCUCAGACAAGACCGGCACCCUGACCCAGAACAGGAUGACUGUGGCCCACAUGUGGUUCGACAACCAGAUCCACGAGGCCGACACCACUGAGAACCAGAGCGGAGCCUCGUUUGACAGGAGCUCAUCAACCUGGGCUGCUCUGGCUAGAAUCGCCGGACUGUGCAACCGAGCCGUGUUCCUGGCGGAGCAGAGCAACGUUCCCAUUCUGAAGAGAGACGUUGCCGGGGAUGCCUCAGAAGCUGCUCUGCUGAAAUGCAUCGAGCUGUGCUGCGGAUCUGUUGGCGGCAUGAGAGACAAGUACCCCAAAGUUGCUGAGAUUCCCUUUAAUUCCACCAACAAAUACCAGCUGUCCAUCCAUAAGAACGCAACUCCCGGAGAAACCAAGCACCUGCUGGUGAUGAAAGGAGCCCCAGAGAGGAUUCUGGACCGCUGCUCCACCAUCGUGCUGCAGGGCAAAGAGCAGCCUCUGGAUGACGAGAUGAAAGACGCUUUCCAGAACGCCUAUGUGGAGCUGGGAGGACUGGGAGAGAGAGUACUGGGUUUCUGCCACUUCAACCUGCCUGAUGAUCAGUUCCCAGAGGGCUUUGCUUUUGACACUGAUGAGGUGAACUUCCCCACUGAGAACCUGUGCUUCAUCGGCCUCAUGUCCAUGAUCGACCCUCCUCGUGCUGCUGUGCCUGAUGCUGUGGGCAAAUGCAGGAGUGCUGGAAUCAAGGUGAUCAUGGUGACCGGUGACCAUCCCAUCACCGCCAAGGCUAUCGCUAAGGGUGUGGGUAUCAUCUCUGAGGGCAACGAGACUGUUGAGGACAUCGCUGCGCGCCUGAACGUUCCGGUUUCAGAGGUCAACCCCAGGGAUGCCAAGGCCUGCGUUGUGCACGGCGGUGAGCUGAAAGACAUGUCGGCAGAGCACCUGGACGAGGUGCUGAAACACCACACUGAGAUCGUCUUCGCCAGAACGUCCCCUCAGCAGAAACUGAUCAUCGUGGAGGGCUGCCAGAGACAGGGAGCCAUCGUGGCCGUGACAGGUGACGGCGUGAACGACUCUCCUGCUCUGAAGAAGGCCGACAUCGGCGUUGCCAUGGGGAUCGCUGGAUCCGACGUCUCCAAGCAGGCCGCUGACAUGAUCCUGCUGGACGACAACUUUGCCUCCAUCGUGACUGGAGUGGAAGAAGGUCGCCUGAUCUUUGACAAUCUGAAGAAGUCCAUUGCCUACACUCUGACCAGUAACAUCCCUGAGAUCUCACCCUUCCUCCUCUUUAUCAUCGCCAACAUCCCUCUGCCCCUGGGAACCGUCACCAUCCUGUGCAUCGAUCUGGGAACCGACAUGGUCCCUGCCAUCUCUCUGGCUUACGAAGCAGCUGAGAGCGACAUCAUGAAGAGACAGCCCAGAAACCCCAAAACAGACAAACUGGUGAACGAGAGGCUCAUCAGCAUCGCCUACGGACAAAUCGGUAUGAUGCAGGCCACAGCUGGCUUCUUCACAUAUUUUGUGAUCCUGGCUGAAAAUGGCUUCCUCCCGAUGGACCUGCUGGGGAUCCGAGUCUACUGGGAUGACAAAAAUAUCAAUGACCUGGAAGACAGCUAUGGACAGCAGUGGACAUACGAACGCAGAAAAAUCGUGGAGUUCACCUGCCACACAGCCUUCUUCGCCAGCAUCGUGGUCGUGCAGUGGGCCGAUCUGAUCAUCUGUAAGACCAGGAGGAACUCCAUCCUGCAGCAAGGAAUGAAGAACCGCAUCCUCAUCUUUGGACUCUUUGAGGAGACCGCUCUGGCCGCCUUCCUGUCCUACUGCCCGGGCAUGGACGCGGCCCUCAGAAUGUACCCUCUCAAGCCCUGUUGGUGGUUCUGUGCCUUCCCAUACUCCCUCCUCAUCUUCCUCUACGAUGAAGCCAGAAGAUACAUCCUCAGACGCAACCCAGGCGGUUGGGUGGAGCAGGAGACGUACUACUGAGCCGCCGUCCUGGAGGGAGUGAGUUCCACCACUAUUUACUGCCAUGUUACAUAUUUGUCUGAGAAGCUAGACCCCAAAACACACAAAGCAUGGAUUAAAUUAAGAAUGUCUCGAUGUACAUGUCAUUCACAAUAAAACGUUUCCGUAUUAUUGUACA